AUGGCCGAUGGCGGCGAGGAGGGGAAUGCGGUGGCGCCCAGGGGCUUCUGGCAGCGCAGGGGCGCGGUGUCGUCAACUCCUCCGUCCUCAGCAAGGACGACGGCGUUAGUCACACCCAGCUAUGCCCGCGAGAUGGAGCGCCUCUCCGCCAAGGAGUCCCUCCUCCUCGCCUUCAGGGACUCUGGAGGCUUCGAAUCCUUUGUUGGCGGCAAGACCACGGAGAUGCAGAAGAUCGACGUUGAUGAGCGCAUCGUCGGCCUCGAACGCCUCAACCCCACUCCUCGACCCACAACAUCACCCUAUCUGGAAGGUCGAUGGAACAUCGAAUGGUUCGGUCAUAGCAGUCCUGAAUCCUUUGCCUCCAAGCUUUUGUUUGACAUGGGCAAGGAGUACUUCGAGUUUCUGAACAAGUACCUGGCCAUGUUCGAUGGAUCGACUGAUGAGGCCGAUGCAAUCGGUGCUGCAAAGGAGGAAGCCGCUGCAGCAAUCAUUUAG